UUUACUACUCUACAGGUGUUUGCUACCUUUUGAUGUGAAUGGCGCUAAAAUGAUUCUACACACAUUGUUGUGAUUUCCAAAGAAUUUGUAAAAUCUUGGUUUUGUUUCUUGUAAGAAGCCUAUUAUGAGUGCUUAUCGUUUUUUGCCCUUUAGUAGUGAGGAUAUUUUAAAAUUGUUACCAUUUCAAAGCAGUAAUUCUGGAGAAAGUUGUGCAAUUAUAGAAGACAACAAUUCGUUCAAGACUUCUCUUCUUUUUCAAGCUGCCCUGUCAAUCGCAAGUGCUGGCGAUCUGGUCUUUUUCAUUUGCCCCAGACCCCUUGAACAGCGACCUUAUCAUGUGCUAGGCAUGCCGGAGACUUCACCUUUGGCGCUUCAGUGCAUCAAAAUGGUGUACAUUGAAAAUCCAUCUGGUUUACUACAGUACUUGUGUGAGUUUCAUACAAAAGAAAGUGUCCCAGCUGCUAUUGCUAUUGACGAUAUACAGUAUUAUGUUUCUCAUCUUUCUAAUGAGGAUCAAAAUAAAGAAGCAGCAUUAGUCAAGUUGCUUGCUAUUCUGGAGGAUACAACCGCGUUCAUCAGCCAGAAAAAAGGUGAAACUUGCCAUCGUAUGGUUUCUGCAACGAAGGGUGCAUGUCCGAAGAACUUUCUCAAGAGGUAUUUUCGAGAACUAUGGUACAUAUCGAGUGGCGAAAAAGAAGGUGAAUACUUUUUUACCAAUACUCAGAUUCCUGCUGUUCGGGCGUUGUUUCAUUUAAAUGACGCGGAAGAAAUAGUCUUCGAGAAACUAUAUAAACUUCCAGCGGAAAAUGAUAGCGAAGUGCAAUAAUUAUGUAAUUAUUUAUGUACAGGUUUAUUUUUAUAUGUUUUUUUAUAUUGUUUAUAAUAAAAGGAUUAAAAUUUUCUUGUU